AUGUUCCCGACCACCACUCCCGCUCGGCCACACUCUGCCUCGGCUGACGUCUACCCUGAGAGCCCCUCCGGCCAGGCCCGUCCGAUGGGCGCCGAUGUGUGCCUCAUGCCGAUGGGCGAUCCGGCAUUCACCCCCUCCGAGCAGGUCCCCCCCUCGCAGGCUCCCACCACCCCGACCGCCCCCCGUGCCCUGACCUAUGCCAGCAUGCCCCGGCACUCGGAGCGGGUCCUGGCCGCCGGGCCGCAUGGCGCCGUCUCGCGCCCGGCCUCCCCCGAUGGUGUUGCCCGCGUGCUCUUCCAAAAUGCCCCCGGGCCUGCCAUGCCCUCCAGCCAGGCGCCCCCGACCGGGGGCCAGUACCCGGCCAGCAUGGUCAAUGCCCCGGGCAAGCCGGCCUACCGGACCCCGGUGGCCUCGGCCCAGCCCACCCCCCGGACCCCGCCCCCGCCCUACACCGCCAACAUGCAGAUCGGCAUGUCCAUCAGCCCCUUCGGCGUGGGGGUGACUCGUGCCGCGGCUCUCGGUCGGCUGGCCGUGGCCCGGCGUGCCGGGCUCCUGAGCAGCCCCGCUCGGGCCCUCUGCAAGGCCCUGCUGAUUGCCCCGGGGCCGCAGCGCCAAACUCCCGGCCAUGCUUCUCCGGGCCAUCCGAUCGACCAUGGCAAUCUCAUCGUCCUGGACCUGGACACCGAGUGUCCCGGCGAGAUGCCGGACCCCUCAGGCCCCCACCCCCACCACCACACGGCCCUGCCUCGGAGCGACCGGCUCUUCCUGGAUUCCAAGGGCUUCUUCUCGGCCCGGGACUGGGUCAUCGCGGCUCUCGAGCACUUCCAGCAGCCGGAGGACCUGCCCGAUUGUGCGGAGUCCCUGCGCGUGGUCUUCGCCACGGUCCAGGCCCAGAGCAACGCCAUCCGGGCGCUGCUCGAGAGCGGGCACCUGCAGAUCCGUGUCGGGGCCCAGACAGCCCCAGCUCCGGCGGCCGCCCCGGCCCCGGCCCCGGCCCCGGCCCCGGCCCCGAUGGCCGCCGGCCCCAGCCACCCCGGGCCCGAGGCCCCGCCGCACUACCUCCAGCAGCUGGCCGACAUCGAGCAGCGCCAGCGUGCGGCCCCGUCGCGCCCGGUCCCGGCGGUCGCCGGCUUGACCAGCCCCACCUCGGCCGCCACUUCCACCAAGCGCAAGCCGGUGGAGCAGCUGAACCCGGCCGCCGUGCUGGCCGAAACCGCGGUGGCCGUGGGCCCCGGGCCCCGGACCCCAGCCCGGGCCGACUCCCGCCGCGACGACUCCACCGUGGUGGUCUUCUCUCGGAAGCGCCAUUGCCCGGAGAAGGCGGCCGACCCCACCGCCUCGCCCAGUCCCACUUGCAUGGUCGCCCCCGCCGGGCCGACUAGUGCCCCGGCGGCUGCCCUUGCCGCCGAGAGCGACAGCGCCACCUCGGUGGCCGCCCAGGAGGACAUGCCCGCCAUCGGGUCACCCACCUGCCGGGUGCUCUUCGCCUGA